UUAUUUGAUUGCUUCGGUGGAGAGGCGCCGGGCUCGCGCUCCUCGUGCGCCCCGCAGCUGGGGAGCGCAUCCGCAACCCCAGGCGGAGGUGGGCCCCUCCGAGUGCAAGCGGGAGGCGGCGGCCCCUGAGACCCCGGGGGAUGUGACAGCAGCCGGGGAGGGGCCGAGACGCGGACUACACGUUGCCCACGUGCCGGGACCAGAGCGGGGCUCAGCCCCUAGGCUGCCUAGUGCGUGGGACGGCGGGGGCGCGCUUCGAGUCACCCCUUUAUCCCAGCUUCCCUGGCUCGGCAGAGACUGGCUUGGGGAUGCCCGGCCGCCCGGCCCCCUUCUUGGAACGCGGCGUGAGGAGCGAGACAGAGGACAAGACCGAGGGGCGGCCGGCGAGUCCCAGCGCGAGCUGAGGGUGCCAGAGGUAGGGGCCAAGAAACAAAGUUCCCGGGGCUCCCUCCGGGGCCGCUGUCUGGGCUGCCAGUUUGGCCGCCCCCCUGCUCGCGAAGGCAAUGGCUUCCAAACUCCUGCGCGCGGUCAUCCUCGGGCCGCCCGGCUCGGGCAAGGGCACCGUGUGCCAGAGGAUCGCCCAGAACUUUGGCCUCCAGCAUCUCUCCAGCGGCCACUUCUUGCGGGAGAACAUCAAGGCCAACACCGAAGUUGGUGACAUGGCAAAGCAGUACAUAGAGAAAGGUCUUUUGGUUCCAGAUCAUGUGAUCACACGCCUCAUGAUGUCAGAGUUGGAGAAUAGGCGCAGCCAGCCCUGGCUACUAGAUGGUUUUCCUAGGACAUUAGGACAAGCUGAAGCCCUGGACAAAAUCUGUGACCUGGACCUAGUGAUCAUUUUGAACAUUCCAUUUGAAACACUUAAAGAUCGUCUCAGCCGACGUUGGAUUCACCCUCCUAGCGGAAGGGUGUAUAACCUGGACUUCAAUCCACCUCAUGUACAUGGGAUUGAUGACAUCACUGGAGAACCAUUAGUCCAGCAGGAGGAUGAUAAACCCGAAGCAGUUGCUGCCAGGCUAAGACAGUACAAGGAUGUGGCAAAGCCAGUCAUUGAAUUAUACAAGAGCCGAGGAGUGCUCCACCAAUUUUCUGGGACGGAGACUAACAAAAUCUGGCCCUACGUUUACACGCUUUUCUCGAACAGGAUCACACCUAUUCAGUCCAAAGAAGCAUACUGACCCUGCCCAGUGGAAGAAUCAGGAAGACGUAGUCAUUCAUCCAAUCGUGUGUGUAGUAUUGGUGCUGUGUCCAAAUUAGAAGCUAGCCAAGAUAGCUUGCAGCAUCUUUUUUAGUUUAAAUGAUGAACUGAUAGGGAAACUAAUGAGUAGAAAGAAUUCAUGAAGAGGCCCUCCUUUGUCUUUCAAAAGAAUGGUCACCUGCCUAUGUUUAAGGUGUCUCUGCACAUGUUUCAAGCCUCUCACAAGGAAGCAAGUACAGGCUGGAUUUGAAAUGAUAAAUAACCAGAGCUCUAGCUGAUUUUUGACAGCCAUGUUGUUGCUAUAGUAAUUUUUUAACACGUUAUGGUGGUGGUCUCUGGUUCUCCCCAUCCCCCCAAAGACUGUUGAACCAUAGUACCAGUAAGCCUGAGAAUGGCAAGGGCUCUAUUCCAGGCUUUCUCUGGUGUGUGCCCUCCUGGUGACAAUGAAAUUGAAGUUAAUUGCUCUCAGUCGUUGCUUCUCUGGUCUUGAGUGGACUAUAUCCACAAUUCAUUUUUUCUGGUAAGAUUGACUCCUGCUUUUCUGCAUCCAUGCUCCGUAUAGAAUCUCCUUUUCAGACAUCCUGGGAUGAGAGGAUUUGGUUUCUAUUUUUUUUAAGACUAUAUAUGUUUUACAUCUGUUUUCUCUCUUCCUAGGCUAUUAAAUAAUACAAAUAGUUAUUGCUGUUAUCCCUCUCAAGUUCUUCUAAGAACGGAGAGUGAAGGGGCUGUAUUGAAUCUCUUUAUGCACCAGGAAUUGAGCUAUGCAGAGGGUCUUACUUAAACUUGCUUGUCUGACUCUCAUAAAUUGACACCGCUUCUUUCUUCUAUUAUGAAAAAAUUAAACUCUUAAAAGUCUUUUGGGAACCCCCUAAAGUCUUUUGGGAAUCCUCAAAAAAAAAAAAAAAAAAACAUGGGAAAUAUUUACCUACCUAAAUGUUGAAAGAUCAUAUCUUAUAUAUAGAAGUAAUAAGACCAUAUGGAAUUAUUGGACUAAUAGAAUAAAUAGUUAAGCUUUUUAUUCAAGACAACAAAAUGUAUUUUAAAAAUGCUGCUAACUAUUGAUGCUGACAGUGUUUUUUUCUCCUGUGAGUGGCCCAAGCAUAUUAUAAAUAGUUGUUACAGAGAAUGGAGCCUGUGCAGUUGAGCAGAGUGUUGCACUCGCUGUGCCUAGACUAGGUAUAACAGCUUUAGGAUUAUGGAGAAAUAAAAUCUUUAAUUUUUUUUUUCUGUUCCAAAGAUGCAUUCUAUGGGGUGGCCAUAAAGUCUAGAAUUAGAUAUGAAUAUUUUGUCAUUCAUCAUAAUGGAAUAUCAAUAAGCCAUUUGUUAAAAGCUUUGCCUGGUUUCCAGACUUGGUGGCCACCUUGAAUAAUUCUUUCUGUCCUCUGGGAAGGACAAUUAAAUUUAUUCCUGCUGCCUUAAAAAUACAUAUCCCUUCUUCAUGCAUCAUGACUGUACCCAGCGAGCAUCCUUUACUAUUCCUGGGAGUGACUUCUGUCUAACCCUUCAUACUGGUGAGAAAAAAACAAGCUUAUUUCAGCACUUCCGUGGUGUUGAAACACAUUAUUUACUUUCUGAAGAUGUCCCAGUGAAUCUGAGUCAAUUCACUGUCUGAUAUAUGAUAUGAGCAUAUCUUCCUUACUCAUGCCAGUUCCUUUCCUUUUGUCCUUUUACGUGAAUGUUCUUCGGCUACCUUAGUGGAAAUUUAGACCAGUCUCCUCAUUCUCUCAAUGACAGCGAAGUAAGAUUAUUUGCCUUUUAGAUUUGUACAGUGAAAAUGCCCAGUUCAUGUCUAUGAAACGUCAGUGCAUUAUAUUGACUCUGAGCACUUUAGAAUUUAGAAUUGCAAUUGAAUGCCAGCUGAUGAAGACAGGGUGAAUAUUAGACAUGUAGGUAAAGCUCAGGUUUCCUGGGGAACCAGGUACAGAGAAAAACAUGUCUGAUAUUAGGAAAAUUGCACAAUUAGAGUAGUACUGCCAUGGAGACAAUUUCUGCAAACUAGGUAAAGUAGACAGUUAAAGUUAUUAUGUGGGAUAACUCAAAAGAGGAAAUCAUGUGCUUUAUUAGAAGCAGAAAAAUCUUCAGACUUCUUUCUUCAUUUAUCUUUGUGUUUAGCAGACCUUCUAACGUGAUCACUACCUUUGGGUUUGGGGAAGGGAAUGGGAAAAGGCCUGAUCCAUGUUUCCAUACUCUACUCUUCCAUCCAUCCUUCCCUCCCUCUUCCCUUCCAGCUAAAUAGACAAUUGUAGCCAACAUCGAGUCACUCAGUAAGUCUCAGCAAUGUUUGAUUUUGCUGAGAUUGCCCAGCAGUUGAGGAUCCUUUGUUAGGUGAGACCAAUAAGAGAAACACCUUUUCCAUGGUCUUGGAAAGAUGAUGUUUGUUUCAUGGUCAGUGGGCCUUACCAAAAAAAAAAAAAAAAUCUAUUUCUGGUUUUUGUCAACCUUCUAGUUUUCCCUUAAGUAAUUUUGUACAAAUUAAAGUUAUCUUGAAAAUAUUUUGCCAGAAGUAAAAUUAAAGGAACACCUUUUCUUCGCUUUCCGUCUAUUGCUACACAUGUAGUUCUUUCAUAUUUAAGCAAAGAGAGUAGUUUGGAUGGUAUUUAAGAUUCUAACCCAGCUCUUAAUUCAGCUCUUCCAUUAUCUUAACAGGCUUCCGACUUAUUUAGAACUUGGAAAUGCUGCUGUGUUUAAUACCCUCCAACACUAAUGCAAGCUUAUGACAGGUACCAUUUAUUGAAGGCCUAUUUAGUGAAAUGUGCAGCUUUAGGACAUUUACAAACAUCUCAUCUCAUGUUUCUAGCAUCCUAUGAGAUGGGCAUGAUUCCCCAUUUGUGAACAAAGAAGGCAAGGGUCAGGGAUGUGAAGCAUCUUGCCCAGGCUCCUGCUGGCAAUGAACAGUGUAGCUGGGACUCAAACCCAGGUUUUCCUGACUCAGAAGACUUGAGUUUGUUCCUGGAUGUUAACUACCUGUGUCCUGUCCCAAGCAACCCAGGGCCCUAAGCCUGCUUGGUUCUGCUUGUAGCCUCACAUCAAGAAUAGCAGUCUCUGUAUGAGAAUGUUCUUUUUUUUUUUUUUUUCUUCCUCCCUUUGCAUAAGCAAAGGAAGCUGCUAGAGGAGAGUCUGAGUCCUUAGGCCUCCUCCUUAAGUCCUCAUUUAUAGAUAGAAUAAUAGGCUGUCCACGUGGGCUGGGCUUGGGUCCAGGCUAAUCUGCAGAGGAAGCGAGCUCAUGUUCCUCACCUACCCUUUCUGUGUCCACUGCAUUGUGUCCCUGAGCCAUCCCCAGACAUGGUGCUCACACAUAGGCCUGGGCUCCUUGAACAGAUCCAGACACUGCUCACUUUCUUCCCUGAGAUUAGAACAAAUCACUCCCUAACUCCCUCUCCAAACAAGGUCCCGAUGAUAAAACGAAUCCUUCUCAAAGCGCUAGUAGGUGAACAAAUGGUGAUUGAGCAUCUAACACAGGGUAACUCUUGAGUUUUGUACCAUUGGCCCUAUAUUAUAUUAAUAUUACACAUUCACAAGACUCUGAAUGCCAAAUUCAAACCUUCAGCCACCAUCUGCUUGUCAUGCAACAAUUGUGGCAGUAACCAGAGGGAGAUUUAUUCCUGUCACUUCCCUGCCACCCUCCAGCAGCCAAGCUCACAUGAGCCCCAUCAUUACCCAAGGUGUGCCCCUCGGGUUGCUGGGUUGCAGGAUCUCAGGAGGCAUUUGUGUCCGCCUGACGAAUUUCCUUUAUUACUAUUGGUUUAACACACAGUGUCUUUUCUUUCUACAGUCCAUUUUGCCAGAGAGGCAAUUCAUAAGGUGAAGGCCUGUUCACAGUACGAAUUGCUUUCUUGUUAUCCUCUUCCAGUUUUACUAACUCCUUGGUCUGUCUGGUGUUUCAAAAGAAGAACCCAGUAAUGGAGACUUCUUUUAAUAUGGGAAUGUGGUCUGGUCGUAAGUUAUCAUUCCUUUCCAUAUAUAACUAGCCCAGUCUUGUUUCCAGAUGAGAAGUGUGCAAGACCCAGGUGUUGAGAAACCAUGAAACUGUAUUUCAGCUAUGAAAAAAACUGCUUCCUGCAUCCGUUGAGACAUUAUAAUUAACAUUGUUUAUAUAUGCCAUACCUUAUCUUCCUUGUAACAAAUUGCACAGUUCUUGCCAGAAUAAAUGCCAUUAUCUGUAUGCUUCAGGGAAAUCCCCAAUUUGAUCAUUUUGUGUGUGAGAGAUUUGGUAAAACAUUUCUGAAAGGGUGAAAGCUCUUGUAUGGCAUAGAUACGAAUUCCUUCCGCUAGUCAUAAUUAGGUUAUCCAGGAAGCACAGUGUCAUUCUUUAAAUAAAAGAUUUCCUGUUUAAAACUUUUCACAGGAGCAUACCACCUAGAAGAUUCUCCCUGGGGUUGGUGUGUGUCUAAUUCAUUUUAUAAACCAUUCUUUUCUCCAUUUUAAAGCUUCAGCUAUAAAGUCAGAAAUGUACUCAAUAAAAGCAAACUAUUUUGUAUUUAGAGAAGAGUAAAGGGAAGAAAAAUGAAAACUCAGUCUUUAUGUAAGCUCCCAGGAUAUUAGGGCUUAGAGGGCUUUUCUAGUUUUAUGAGAAUUUGUACUACUGAAUUUUAUAUAUUCUUGUUUUUGAGAUGAACAGAUCUCUAGGGGGAAAUUGUUGAGUUACAAUGGCAUUUCACUGUGAUCCCUCUCAAGCUCAGAUCAGUUCUCUAACCCAGUGACAACCUGUCUCUUCGGUUUACUGUCCUGUGAAAUGUCAGCUCAAGUUUCCCAGAAGUCGUGUGUUUACGAUGAGUCAGAGUACUUUUCCUCAGUGUGACAGCUGUUGGCCUUCUUAAUUUUGGUGUAUGUGCUUAAUUCAAAGCAUCUAAACCUAUAGUCUGAUCUAUAUAUGCUAUCCUGUUAAUUGUAUUAUUGAUGAUUUUGGUUAUCUUGCUUGAAGAUUAAUACUUUUCAAUUUGAUAGAAAUAAAAGGAUUUUUCUGCUUGUAA